AUGAGUCCUCCUCAGAUCGUCUCGUUGCCCCCUACUGCGGUCCAUGUGGAGCAGGUCCAGCAGCAGGAGAAGGCUUUACCCACAGACCACGAUUCAUUAAACAUAGACGAGAAGAAGGAAAUUACACCCCCAUACAUGCAAGAUGCCUUCGGCGACGAGGAGUUUGCCGAGGUUAAGUAUAAGGUCUUAAAGUGGUGGCAAUGUGGGUUGCUCAUGGUGGCCGAAACAGUGUCCUUGGGCGUUCUCUCCUUACCAAAAGCCGUCGCCGGCUUAGGCUUAGUCCCUGCCAUUAUUAUCCUAGUGACCUUGGGUAUGCUGGCCACAUACACAGGUUAUGUGAUUGGGCAAUUCAAAUGGAGGUAUCCUCACAUCUCGAACAUGGCCGACGCGGGCGAGGUGCUUAUGGGCAGGUUUGGCCGUGAACUGCUAGGGAUUGGCCAGCUAUUGUUCCUGGUAUUCAUUAUGGCCAGUCACCUGCUCACAUUUGUCAUUGCUAUGAACAGGCUCACGGACCAUGGCACCUGCUCAAUUGUUUUUGGCGUGGUUGGAAUGGUGGUAUCCUUCGUGUUGUCACUGCCUCGUACGCUGGCUAAGAUGUCCUGGCUAUCGCUAGUUUCAUUCAUCAGUAUCCUGUCCGCCGUCAUCAUCACCAUGAUCGGUGUGGGUGUCUUAUCUCCAGGAGAUGGUAAAGUCCAGGCUACGGUAGAUACCGACCUAGUUCACGGUUUUACAGCCGUUACCAACAUUGUCUUUGCUUUCUCCGGCCACGCCGCCUUCUUCGGCCUUGCCGCUGAGUUGAAAGAUCCUCGCGACUUUCCCAAAGCCCUAUGCCUCCUCCAGAGCAUCGAUAUCUGCCUGUACAUCAUCGCAGCCGUGGUUAUCUACCGCUAUGGUGGCGCUGAGGUAGCAUCCCCUGCUCUAGGCUCAGCAAGCCCCAUUGUAUCAAAAGUGGCCUACGGCAUAGCCCUACCAACCAUCAUCAUCGCCGGUGUCAUCAACGGCCACAUUGCCUUCAAAUACAUCUACAUCCGCCUCUUCCGCGGCACCGACCGUAUGCACAAGCGCGACUGGGUCGCCGUCAGUUCCUGGGUCGCAAUUGCUCUGAGUCUGUGGAUCCUUGCCUGGAUCAUCGCUGAAGCUAUCCCGGUCUUCAGCAACCUUCUCAGCUUGAUCACUGCCCUGUUUGCCAGCUGGUUUACCUUCGGCCUAAGCGGCAUGUUCUGGCUGUACAUGAACAAAGGUCUCUGGUUUUCCUCCCCGAGGAAGAUCCUCCUUACUAUGGUAAAUUUGCUUGCCAUUGGCGUCGGUGUUUGCCUUUGCGGACUCGGUCUCUACGUCUCCGGCAAAGCCAUCCACGACGACCCCAGUAGCGCGAGUUUCUCCUGCGCGAACAAUGCAUGAGAUUGCAGGGUCGUAUAGCACACGUAUAUAUACAUUGGAGAAGGGACUGGGAUCCAAAGGCGUUUGUGGUUAUAUUAUGGCUGUAUAUAUGUGAGACCUUAUCUUUAGAUUACACGGUUGUAUAUAG